AUGGAACCACAGAAUCUAACACGUGUCUCUAAAUUCCUACUCCUGGGCCUCUCGGAAGAUCCAGAACUGCAGCCUCUCCUCUUUGGAAUGUUCCUGUCCAUGUACCUGGUUUCAUUGCUUGGGAACCUGCUCCUCAUCCUGGCUGUGAGCUCUGACUCACGCCUCCACACACCCAUGUAUUUCUUCCUCUUCAACCUGUCCUUGGCUGAUAUUUGUUUCAUCUCUGCCACAAUCCCAAAGAUGCUUAUGGAUAUCCACACACACCAUGGAAUCAUCUCCUAUGUUGACUGUCUGAUUCAGUUGUCUUCUUUCCUUUUGUUUGCAUGUAUGGACAAUUUACUCCUGACAAUUAUGGCCUAUGACCGGUUUGUUGCCAUCUGUCACCCUCUUCACUACCCAGUCAUCAUGAACCCCCAUCUAUGUGGCUUGCUGGUUUUGGUGUCUUUUUUUCUCAGUCUUUUGGACUCUCAACUGCAUUGCUUGACGGUGUCAAAACUUACCUUCUGCGUGGAAGUGAAAAUUCCUCAUUUCUUCUGUGAUCCUUCUCAGCUCCUCAACCUUGCCUGUUCUGGCACCACCACCAAAAGCAUACUAGUGUAUUUUAUUGGUGCCAUCUUUGGUGGUAUUCCAGUCUCAGGGAUCAUUUUUUCUUAUAUUAAAAUCGUUUCCUCCAUUCUUAAAGUCCCAUCAUCAGAUGGGAAGUAUAAAGCCUUUUCCACUUGUGGCUCUCACCUGUCAGUGGUUUUCUUAUUUUAUGGGACAGGUAUUGGAGCAUAUGUGAGUUCAGCUGUCUCACCUUCUCUCAGGAGUAGUGCAGCAGUCUCGGUGAUGUACACUGUAGUCACCCCCAUGCUGAACCCCUUCAUCUACAGCCUGAGAAACAAGGAUAUCAAGAGGGCCCUGAAAAAUUUCCUCAGCAGACCAUCAUAG